UCCGACAGCACACCUGAAGAUGUCAUCAAGGACAUCAAGAGGCGCCGGGACAGCUUUCUCAGAGCGAAGAGAGACUUGAUCCUUCCUCUUCUGGAUGAUACCCCAGCCGUAUUAAGUGAUUCGGAAGAUUAUGUGCAACAGAGCAUAGAGCCACCGCAACAACUCACGAAUCAGCCGAGAGGGUUGCGGGCAACCCUGAAACCAUAUCAGCUUGACGGGUUGUCAUUUCUCACGUAUCUCAGACGAAACGGAGUUGGCGGAAUUUUGGCGGACGAAAUGGGCCUUGGAAAGACUCUGCAGACGCUGACACUGUUUGAACACGUCAAGGAAGUCGAGGGAGCUUCUUGUUCCAAUCCGGCACCAUUUUUGGUCGUAUGCCCAUUGAGCGUCUUGGAAAUUUGGAUCUCGGAAAUCUCAAAGUGGACUCCAGGCCUUGCCGCUGUCAAAUUCCAUGGCACUCGUGAGCAAAGGGCCGAUGUGAAGAAGCUAUUCGUCAAGAAGCAGGGCAAAGAGGGCUGCUUCAAGGAGGAUGUUAGAAACACAGUGGUGAUCACUUGCUAUGAGACUUUCAUGUCGGAGGUCCUUUGGUUCAGAAAAGUAGCAAUCUGGAAGUAUGUUGUGCUUGACGAGGGCCAUCGAAUCAAGGACAGCACCUCGAAGAGGGCACAGGCAAUCGGCAAGAUUCGAGCGGAGUACAAACUGAUACUCACAGGCACUCCGAUUCAAAACAACUUGGGUGAAGUGUGGUCCUUGCUGCACUGGCUUUUCCCUGAGGUUUUCACCCCGUCAUCGGCUAAACUCUUCAAGGACGCAUUUUCGUUGAAUGAAGGCAGAUUCGAUGCUGCUUUUUCCGGCCAUAUCAAGCGAUUUCUCAACCUCAUCAUGCUGCGAAGACUGAAAGACUCCCCCCAAGUGGGUAUUAAUCUACCGCCGAAGCAAGUCGUCACACUUGCCGUGCCACUUUCCAAGCUGCAACACUCGUUGUACAUGAAAGUGCUAACGGGAUUGGAUGAAUCACUAGGUGAAGCAUCAAAGCUGACCUUCAGUCCCGACGAGCAAGGCUGGCCUGUGGAAGAGCCAAUCUUUGACCCCAAUAAGCCCGCCACAAAACGGAAAUGGAAGAUAUCAGACAACAUCUUGAUGGAACUGCGGAAGUGCUCCAUUCAUCCUUGGUUAUUGAACGACAGCCGCGAAGAUUCUGACGACUCGGGUGGCUCCCUUCUCUCGUGCUCGGGCAAGCUUCUUGCGCUGAGCAAGUUGAUCAAGCAUUUUGUCUUCACCGAGAAGAAGAAAGUGGUCAUCUUUUCGUGCUUCGUCAUGGCUCUUAACCUUUGCGAAGAACUAUUAGGAAGUCUGCAGAACGGUGACCCCUUCGAAUAUGUCCGGCUUGAUGGAAAUACUUCGCGAGCCUGGCGUAGGCUUAGCGUUCAUCUCUUCAAUACCCUGCCCCAAUUCAUGGUCUUCCUUGUGUCGAUCAGAGCCGGUGGUGAGGGCUUGAAUCUAAUUGGAUCUUCAGUAGUCAUCUUCUUGGACGAAGAUUGGAAUCCGCAGGUGAUGAGGCAGGCGGAGUCUCGGGUGCACCGCAUCGGCCAGACCCAGCCGGUCCAAAUCUUUCGGCUUAUCUCAAAGGGAACCUUGGAGGAGCAAAUGAGUCGCCGUCUGCUCAAGAAGGCAUAUCUAUCAUCGAAGAUCAUCGAGGAAGAACGCAUAUUCGAGGCCGGAACCGGUCAGGACGACGAGGAUGGCCUGCCUGAAAUACACGCAACUCCGCCUAUGCGUUUGAUUGCAUCCGAAGGACUUCCAGAGAACAACUUAGCUGCCAUGGACUCGUGGAGUUUCCGAUCGCUUCUGAGCAGAUGUGCCAUUAGUUCAACAACGGGGCAAGACCUCUCAAAUAGCUCUUCCUGGUGGAAAGUGUCGGAGCGGAUGCGCACGAACAUUUUCAAUGGAAAGAAAGUCGAGAAGGUGUCCAGAUUUCAAGCAUUCCCCGAGGACCCUCCUUGUUUCGCGCGCGCCGAACGUCGGAUUGGCAAAGGGAGACUGAUCACUAUCGAAGGAUACGACGUCACGAAGGAGAAUUUGCGCAUGCAUGUCCCUCGAGAAGCGUCAUCCCCAAAAAAGACGAAGUCGCGAGAGAGCGGAACGGUGAAGUCAAUGUCAAAUGAGACUACUUGCGGAGUCUGCAAGAAAUUCGAACCGCUGGCAUGCCAGACCUGCCCGCGGGCAUAUCACUGGGAAUGUCUGCAGGAUUCAACGAAGUCGCACACAAGUAUACAUCGUUUCAGCUGCCCCCAUCACGUCUGCUUCGAGUGCCAAAAACGGACAGCCGAUGCAGGCGGACUCUUGUUCUGUUGCAUGAGGUGCCCGCUUGCAUUUUGCGAGGAUUGUCUGGAUUGGGGGAAAACCGAAUUCAUUGGAAGGAAUCACUCCUUCGAAGUCUUUGGAUACCACCCUCAUUCUUAUUUCUAUAUUCACUGCCCUGGGUGCAUUGGAGGUCGAAAGAGGCGCGGCGAUGAAGCUAAUGUGUUGACUUCGAAGCGCUACCGACUGAGGAAAUGA